GAUAGGAAUGUAACGCCAGUGAAAAAGGACGCCACCUAAAACCGGAAGUGUGUUUUGUCUGAUUCUAAGGUUCGGAAGUGUGGGGUUCUAUGGAAGAGAUGUCGGGAGAGAGCGUGGUCAGCUCCGCGGUGCCGGCGGCUACAACACGAACCACCUCGUUCAAAGGCUCGAGUCCCAGCUCCAAAUACGUCAAGCUGAACGUGGGGGGAGCGCUAUAUUACACCACCAUGCAGACCCUUACUAAGCAGGACACCAUGCUGAAGGCCAUGUUCAGUGGGAGGAUGGAGGUCCUGACGGACAGUGAAGGCUGGAUUCUCAUUGACCGGUGCGGGAAGCACUUUGGGACCAUCUUGAACUACCUGAGGGAUGGCGUGGUGCCUUUGCCAGACAACCGACGGGAGGUGGAGGAGCUCCUGGCCGAGGCCAAGUACUACCUGGUGCAGGGGCUGGUGGACGAAUGCCAGGCUGCUUUGCAGAACAAAGAGGCAUAUGAACCUUUCUGCAAAGUCCCCCUGGUCACGUCGUCUAAGGAGGAACAGAGACUCAUUGCCACCUCAAAUAAGCCGACUGUGAAGCUGUUAUACAACAGGAGCAACAACAAAUACUCCUAUACCAGCAAUUCUGACGACAACAUGCUGAAGAACAUUGAGCUGUUUGAUAAGCUCUCUCUGAGAUUCAACGGACGUGUCCUGUUCAUCAAAGACGUGAUCGGCGACGAGAUCUGCUGUUGGUCGUUCUACGGGCAGGGCCGCAAAAUCGCAGAGGUGUGCUGCACCUCCAUCGUCUACGCCACGGAGAAGAAACAGACCAAGGUGGAGUUCCCAGAGGCGCGCAUCUACGAGGAGACGCUCAACAUCCUCCUGUACGAGUCGCAGGACGGCCGCGGGCCGGACAACGCCCUGCUGGAGGCCACGGGGGGCGCCGCCGGCCGCUCCCACCACCUGGACGAGGACGAGGAGCGCGAGCGCAUCGAGAGGGUGCGGCGCAUCCACAUCAAACGGCCCGACGACCGCACGCACCACCACCAGUGACCUCUCUCUUUCUCUUUCUCUCCUCUCCUCCGUCGGUGACCCGAGGUCACCGUGAUUCCGUCUACACACCCUCUCUCUCUUUCUCUCACUUCCUCUGCGCCUGUGCCUUAGAACCACCAGCUCCUCUGCCCCCCCCCAUCCACCCCCACCCCUUCCUUGUCCUGCCUCUCUCUUGUUUUCACACACACACACACACACACACACACACACACACACACACACACACACACACACACACACACACAGGCAGGUUUGCAAUUGCCUUCUGUCCUGCAGUCAAACCUGAGGUAGCUGCAGGUCGUUUAACAGAUGGGGAAGCGUCUAGGCCGAAGGCACUGAGGAGAGAUCGCAGCUUUACUGUACGUCUGUUUUUGUUUUGUUUUUGUCUUUUGUUAUGAACAGUGACAUUUUGUUAGCGAAUACAUAGGCCCCACGCAAGGACAUUUUGCUUUAUCUUGAAAAUGUUUUUAGAAGAACAAAAAGCUGCCUUCCAGUGUGCAGUGACUGUGCAUUAGUCAUUAGACUGAUAGGAUGGAGCAGUCUGAUGUGCUGUCUGUGGUAGGGAGAGCAUCGUGCAAUCUGGGUUAACCUGACAUUUUACUAGAUGGAUUCAAAGCUAGCCUCAAUAACACAUUGUUUACAACCAGUCUCAAUAGCGUAACGGUGAGGCAUCUUGUUUGCAUGGGGUCUAAGUGCGAUAGGGGUCCAACUUUACAGGCGAAUGUUCAACAACAAAUUCCAUUGGUUUCGGGACGGAAAAACAUGAGCUAAACCGAGUUACUUUCACUCUUUGUACUGUAGCGCUUAAUAAUGAAUAGACGCAGGCUGUGGAGUGACUGUAUCAAGUGUGUGAGCGGCUCAAUGGCCUGACUAUUCCAUCUGCUCCUGUGUGUAGAGUGGCUAGAGUCUGCGCUGUUGUCUUCGGUCUGAUAUUUAGGUGUGCCUCAGUGCCACUGUGCUUUCAGCGAGAUUUCAAUAUGAUCACUUUUGCAUGUUUUUGUGUUGACUUUUAUGCUUUUUAUUUUUGUCUGAGUGACCUAACGGUGCUUGUUGUAUUCUUGUGUGUGCGAGUACAGUAUGUUCCAACGGUUUUGUGGUUUCGAAUGUAUUUGUGUGAGAAGUGCUGUAGUAUGCUGCAGGUAUCCUGUUGGCGUAGGUGAGAUGUUUCUCACCAUUUCUCUUGUAUGCAGUGGGGUGGAGUACAACUAGUUUUACCUUUGGAGGGAGAAAAUAUGUCUUCUUUUUUUGUUUUGUUUUAUGUGCAACCUUUUUAAAGGAUGAUCUGAAAAACAAGUAUUAUUGAAGAAGGUCUGGUUUGUACACGCUGUGGUCUUGGUCAAACCUUGUAGAACAACCAGAGUCAUUCAAUUAAUUACGCAUGUCACGCUUAUCUAAAACACAUCCAAAUUAUGAAGAGUGAGAGGCUAUGGACAUAUCAAAGUCUGAAAAAUGAUUUCAAUUGAAGAUAUUCCAACUUGGAUGUGCUGUGUCCUCAGGCAGCUAGUGGUGGUUUGGCCUCUAGAGGGCGACAGUGUCCUGCAGAAGAGGCAGCCCAGGCUGUAACUGCUCUCCAUCCUCUAACUGCAGUCAGACGGCCUAACAGUUGUAGCACAUUAUUUUGAACCCCCACUAUAAUAAUCUAUGUGGGGCUGACAGAUGUGGCCGGAGGACGGCCAUGUAGUUAAAACCAGAUCAUGUUCUACAUUUUGUUUAAUUAAUAACAUUUAACCUCAUCUCCCCUGAAGUCAGAUUGGUAAGCGAUCGUGUAGAGGUUAGAACCUGAGACAUGGAUGGGGAGGGAGGUGUAUGUAUGUGUGUGUGUGUGUGUGGAGGGGUAUGAGGUGUCAGUUUGAUCUGGGGAUGACGGAGUAAUGGAUCUUGAGGCCGAACUGUAACUAGAGACGUCACUAGCAGUAAGGGUGAGCGCCCAGUGAACCACUGCUGAAUAUUGACAGACACAUGAGGAGUGGUUUUAGUUCUCGUUAAGAAGUAUGUCCUCACAUUUGAAAAUUACAUUGUCUUUUGGUUGAAAACGCUUGUUCUUUGUAGACCAGAAGUGUUUGUACAGAAUAUGUGAACAAUAAAAAUGUUUUGCAUAUAUUUAUACCCAAUGUCCCCAAUAAAGAUUGUCAUAUUCCUUU